GAGUGAAAGACACCGGCUGUGCACCAUGUCUCUCAAGGAUCAUCUCAUCCACAAUGUCCACAAAGAGGAGCAUCCUCAUGCCCACAAUAAGAUCAGCGUGGUUGGUGUGGGUGCAGUUGGAAUGGCUUGUGCCAUCAGCAUCCUGAUGAAGGACUUGGCAGAUGAACUUACCCUUGUUGAUGUUGUGGAAGACAAGCUGAAAGGAGAAAUGCUUGAUCUCCAGCAUGGCAGCCUCUUUCUCAGAACACCAAAGAUUACAUCUGGCAAAGAUUACAGCGUGACUGCACACUCCAAGCUGGUCAUUGUCACUGCUGGUGCCCGUCAGCAAGAAGGAGAGAGCCGUCUUAACUUGGUCCAACGCAACGUCAAUAUCUUCAAAUUCAUCAUUCCCAACGUUGUGAAAUACAGUCCUCAUUGCAAGCUGCUGAUUGUCUCAAACCCAGUGGAUAUUUUGACCUAUGUGGCCUGGAAGAUCAGUGGCUUUCCUAAACACCGUGUUAUUGGUAGUGGCUGCAACCUGGACUCAGCCCGUUUCCGUCACCUCAUGGGAGAAAGGCUGGGCAUCCAUCCUCUGAGCUGCCACGGGUGGAUUGUUGGAGAGCAUGGAGACUCCAGUGGUAAGGGCAAAAUGUGGCUGUUACACAGCUUCUUCUCAUAUUUUUUU